AUGGACACAUUCAUUGCCAGCAUCGGUUAUCUCAGCGGUGGAUCUGUCUUCCAGAGCUACUUCAAGACAAUCGUUCUCCCUGAUUCCAGCACAUCUGAUAUUGCUUGGAUCGGCAGCGUGCAAUUCUGGGGUUGUUACUUCAUUGGUAUCGGGUCAGAUGCUCUGUCUGAUAAGUAUGGACCAGCUCUGCCGCUUGCACUGGGGACAUUCUUCAUGGUGUUUGGCAAUAUGAUGUCCUCCCUCUCGGCAACUUACUAUCAGUUUUUGCUCUCCCAGGGCUUCUGUGUGGCUCUUGGUAUGGGCCUUAUAUUCACACCAGCUUUAGCCGUCCAGUCCCAAUGGUUCUUGAAGCGACGUGGAUUUGUUGUUGGCUUCGUCAUGUCUGGUCAGAUGGUUGGAGGGGUCUCGUUCAGCUGGACCCUGCGUAUCAUUGGUUUCAUGCAGCUUGGCAUCAUGUUAGCUGACACUGGUCUGGGCAUUUUUAAUUCGACUGUAAGGGCCACACUCGCUUGUGGUGCAGUUGCUUUUGCCUGGAUCGGUGCGAACAGCAGUGCAUGUAUCAUAGUGUGA